UCUGCUGGACCCCACACCGCCCUAUUCCCUCCCGCGCCCCCUACGUGGCGAUCGGCACUCCCCACGGGCGGACCCGGCUCAAGCCCCUCCUGCCCAGGCAGCAGAAACCCGGAAGCGGGAGGUGCCAGACUCUGAGCCGUUUCCUGCCCGGGAGACAGUGAAGCUCUUGCAGCGGAGCCGAACCGGAGCCAUGACUCACCAGACCGGCAUUCACGCCACUACGGAAUUAAAGGACUUUUUUGCCAAGGCCCGGAAUGGUUCAGUCCGCCUCAUCAAAAUCGUCAUUGAAGAUGAACAGCUGGUGCUGGGAGCCUACAAAGAAUUAUCUCGGCGUUGGGAUAAGGACUAUGACUCCUUUGUUUUACCCUUACUGGAUGAACUGCAGCCUUGUUACAUUCUCUACCGGCUGGACAGUCAGAAUGCACAGGGCUAUGAGUGGCUCUUCAUCUCCUGGUCACCUGACAACUCCCCCGUCAGACUGAAGAUGCUGUAUGCUGCAACCAGAGCAACAGUGAAGAAAGAAUUUGGAGGAGGCCAUGUAAAGGAUGAACUCUUUGGAACAGCUAAGGAAGACAUCUCCCUUAGUGGUUACCAGAAGCACGUGUCAUCCUGUUCUGCCCCAGCUCCUCUGACUGCAGCGGAACAAGAGCUUCAGCAGAUCCGAAUCAAUGAGGUCAAGACGGAAAUCAGCGUAGAGAGCAAGCACCAGACCCUCCAGGGACUGGCUUUUCCCUUGCAGCCAGAAGCCCAGCAGGCCAUCCAGUUACUAAAACAGAAGAAAAUCAAUUAUAUCCAGCUGAAACUGGAUCUGGAAAGGGAAACUAUAGACUUGGUGCACACACAUGCCACUGAGAUAGCAGACCUGCCUAAAAGAAUUCCGCAAGAUUCUGCCCGCUAUCACUUCUUUCUGUACAAGCAUUCUCACGAGGGAGACUAUCUAGAGUCGGUCGUGUUUAUCUACUCCAUGCCUGGUUACAAGUGUAGCAUCAAGGAGCGUAUGUUGUACUCCAGCUGCAAGAGCCGGUUGCUUGACUCAGUGGAGCAGGAUUUUUGCCUAGAGAUUGCAAAGAAGAUUGAAAUUGACGAUGGAGCUGAGCUGACUGCAGAGUUUCUGUAUGAUGAGGUUCAUCCUAAGCAGCAUGCCUUCAAGCAGGCCUUCGCCAAACCCAAGGGGCCCGUGGGGAAACGAGGACAGAAGCGACUUAUCAAAGGACCAGGGGAGAAUGGUGAAGACAGUUAGACUCCAGUGGACAGGAGGGACGGGUCAGGGGAGGGGCUGUGAAUGUCUACCAGCCUCCAGAAUUGCAGCUCCAACCAAAUCCACUUCUACACAUUUGAGCUUGUCCGCUGAUCUCCAGAGGUUUUCUUUCCAGUUCUUCUUUCACAAUCAUGUUCACUUGGUUUUGUAGGGGAGUGGGGAGGUAGGCCUCUGGGGGAGGGCGGAAGGAAUGAGGAGAACACCAAGUGUUGCUUUUUCUCUUCCCUCUUGCUCUGUUGUGCAAAUCCUGGGUGAGAGGGGGGAACACCCCAAUUCUUCUAAUUUGAAAUGACACUUUGAUUAAUGCCCCUGUUACUGUUUUGCAUAGUGAUCUGGUUUCUGUGGAAACUGCAUCACUCAAAGGACUUCAUUCACUGCUUGUCUGAGGGAGCUGGUUUUGUGGGAACAGCAGUCCCACAAAAUGAAUCCCCCACAUGCCCUGUCUCUCAUGGCUGCUGCCUGUUGCAUUUCUCACAAGAUAUGAUCUUCAUCUUUGGGAUUUCCAUACUGUUAACACCCAUCCCUUUCCAAGAUGGUCUUUUUCCAAGAUGGAAGUGACUCUUAGCUACUAUGUGUAACAUGAGGAGCGGGUCCCCAGGAUUCACACUUGCAACAAAUCUCUCUCCCCAACCCACCCUGCUUCUUUGACUUGGUUAGCUUAAACCCGUGGAUUUGUUGGGGAAAGUGCUAGAGGUUAGUGGGUGGGCUGUCUAAAAGGCAAAUAAGCAUUUGAGUGAAGGAAACCUCUGUGUGGCUAAAGAGGAGCUGCUUUCCUUGACUUUUUAAAGCCUUGGCAGCCGUGUCUUGCCACACAGACUCGCUUGUGGCAUAAGAGUGACUUUUCACCACAGAUCUGUGCACAUGCUGAGGAUUUCACUAAAAAGAGUUUUCAGUUACUGCCCACUUGAUAAUUUGCGAAACUGUCCAGUUGGAGAUAGUCUGACUAAUUUCCAUCCUUUGCCCGAAAUCAAAGAGCGUGUUGCCUUAAAGUACAGCCACGUGAGACAAGAAGGUUUCAGACAGUUAAGAACUGGGAAGAGUAAUCCGGUUCUGUUCCUGCUGGCAGCUUUUUGAUCUCCUCAGCUCCAGGCUUCAGCAGUUUGAGUGUGUGGUUUCCAUGAAUAGUUCUGGGAGACUUUCCUGUGUGUUGCCAGCACACCAGCAUCUUGCCCUGUGUUUGUUUCCAGUCUAAUGCUGCACUGUGAUUUUGCACUGAUUUACUGAGAUGAAUGAUCAUUACUGAACAGCUACAUGGUUCUAAAUGUACUUUGCUGUAAAGCACAGACAUCACCCUUAUCCACGUUUGCUGAGCUGUCGUCCUCCCCUCUGGAUCUCCAUACCCAGCAGUCACAUCCCUUUGUUGAAUUCCAACACUGCACCAACUUGCUGCUGUAGACUGCAGUAUAUAAUCGCUCUGGUCUAACUAUACACUAGAGCUUUGCCAAGCCAAGGGGAAAUUGGCACUUUCACAGGCCACUGCACACUAACUCAGUUGAUAUUCUUCAUGGAACGCACUCUGUCCCACAGGGUUGUUCAUUCCUUGUGAUAGAUGUUGUUUACCAUGGCAGUAACACUCUGUGCCCAAGAGCAAUUGUUGUAGAUCCAUGUAAACCAGGUGGGAGGAAAAGAUGGCUGCCAGCAUAAGAACAAUGUUGCGUAUGCACACGGGACUGGAGCAGGACAUGCUGGAAGGGCAAGUAAAUUGCCUAGGAGUGGGAAGAAGUCUCCUAUGACUGGCUCUGAAAGCAAGAAGAAAACUAGGCACUGUCCAAGCAAGGGACAUGACCCAGCUUUGGAGGCUUCUGAAAGUCAUUGUAGUAGAUGUGGUCAUUCCAUGGGGGGUGGGGCGUGGGAGGGAAUCACUGAAUUUAAUGUGCAUGAUUAAACUUCUCCUUCUGGCCCCCAGGAAGCUGCUUAGUGAUCUGUUUUGUAUCUCAUGCAAAAGAAACUCAGUCUUUUCUGAAGAACUGAUUGUGUGAUGUUAGCUUGAUGACUUUGAAUCUUGAUUUCCCCCCACCCCUUUAAAAUAUAUAUAUAAAGUCAGUGUACUCUUUUGAAAACUAUAGCAGAGUCUGAUAGUUUAAGUGGCAAAUAAUGUUAUGAUAGUUGUUGAAAAGAGCCUGAAUGUGCUCUUCUGGCUCACUCUGUGGUAGAAGUGCUUGGAACUUGACCUGCAAAAGAGAGGCAGUUUUUUUCUUAUAUGUUUGUUUGUUUCAGAUUCAAAGCGCUCUGUAUUAUAGAAUGAUUCCAAGUUGUCUGCUUUUUAAAAACAAUUCAAAAUAAUUAUUGCAGAAAAGAAAUGAGGACAUUAGAUAUUUCAUAGCUCUUUUCUGAGAUUGUGUGCUUAUAGCUUACCCUCUUCAGAGGUUUAUUAAGAGGAUUCAGAAUGGUCUCUCUUCCAAUAUCAGAAAUUUGCCCAGAGACAUCUUAAAAAUAGGCUGUUCUUGUUUCCAAUAAUUAGUGGACAGAAAAUAUUGAUGAAGAUCAAGAGUUGGGCUUAACCUCGCUUGAUCUAUUUAGUCAGCAGAACCCAGGCUCCAAAUAAAAUCUGUUCCUGUUGUGAUUUUUAUUUUCUGUGACCAAAAUCCAAAUUGUUCAGCUGCACUUUGGGACUGCAGUAGUAGUUUUUACUUUCUCUAUGGAAUAAUUUAAAAGUUGCAUUUGACGUCUUGGCCUCUAUAACUUCUGUGACACAACUGCAUUUUAUUCCUUGUUCCUACACCACCAUCAUCCUUUUGGUCAAUUUUCUGAAGUAACAUUGAGGCAGCAGUUCUGUGGGAAAGUUUUGCUUUCUAAUUUGAGUUGAUCAAUACACAUGAAUCUAGUCCACCCAUGUUUCAUGUUCUGUUGACUUAUCUGUGGGCAUUUUACUGCCACUGUGAGAUAUAGUAAAUAGUAAAAUGUUUUGUUUGUAUUCUGUUUUGGGUAAUAUAUACUGCUGCCUCUGUCAUUCCAUUCCCUCAGGAAUGUGCAAAAGUCUACCUGUUUUUAAGGCCCAAGGGAAGGAGUCACCAGAGGAGCAUUUCCUGACUUAGGUAUGCUUUCCAUUCUGAAGCUGGAUGAAAGUAUUAAAUUGUGUUUCAGAGAUCACACUGCCUUGGGAUCCCCACCCCUGCCAAAGAUUAAAAGAAAAAGAUUUUGUUCAGUCUAAGUGUGACUUGGAUGACCACUACUGAUAUGUUCUCUGACCUCAUGAUUCAUAAUGUUCGCCCCACAUUAAUUAUAAUCCAAAACUAACAUGGUGGUUAAUGUGCCAGGUGCUUGCUUUGUCUCAGUCUUAUGUAGUAUUCAGACUGCAGAGUUGUUUGAAUCCAUCCUGUUGCUAUAUUAAUACAAAACAUUGUCAUGUAAUGGUGAUGGUCCACCAUUGAACAUCUGAAUAAUUGCAAUUUAAGGACCUACCAGAACUUCCAUGAAGAAAAAAGCAGGAUCAGUUGCAUCAUUUCUGUACUUCCGUCACUGUUUCAUCUUCUCUUUAUCAACCAAACACUAAGGGCCAAAUUUAGGUCUUUCAAAAUGAUUUCAGAACUUUUGUGUUUUCCUCCCAUGUCAUGCCUUGGAGGCUGUGACUGUCUAAACUAGGUUCAUUGUCUUCACAGAUAAUAUUUGGAAAACCUCUUGCUCAUGGCAGGUUACUGGAAUUUUGGUGCCUUCUGGAGGACCUCAAAAGCAGUCAUCUAGAAUGAAGGUCACCCUAAUUUGAUAGCUCCAUAAAUAUUUCUUCACACACACCCCUUCCCCAUACCCGUUUAGUCUGCACAGUAGAAAGAUCCUUUUCCCUGUCUAUGGCUGCUCUGUGGGAAACACACCAGCAUCAUGUUUGCCAAGUUCUAGAAGCAUUUCACAAAACCGAUGAAGAAUGUUACUCAGGGCAGCUGGGAAGCCCCAUAUAUGUAUCUUUGCCUGAGGAAAGAGUUCCCCAUCCUGAAUCUGUUAGCCUGGAUAAGAAUUUACAGGUAUUCAUCAAGUUGCCACCACUGUUUUUCCAAGUAGGCGCCAAACCACUGACCAAUAUCACUUAAUUAUGAAAGUCGAAGUGAUUGCUGGAAUGUCUACCAUCAUUUUUCUGUGAAACUUGCUUUGUUAUAAAUGUGAUUAUUUGCUCACAGCCUUGGUUAUAUUGAAGAACAAGAGUGGAGUAUUUUUGCACAAAUUCAGCAGCUGCUGUGAUCAGUUUUAGUGCCGCCAAGGCAUUCUUAGCCAUUGAAUCAGGAAAGCAAGGCUAUCUAACAUCAUGGUAAAAAAGUCCAGUUCUUUACACCAGUCACUGGUUUUGACUUGGUACAGUGAAAAGCAGGCCAUGCGCCUGAUCUUACAUGAGCACCAGGUCUGGAGAGAAAAAGAGAUGCACAUUCCUGACUGGGCUGGAUGAUGUGGAUUUGGAAAUUAUGGGGGAGGCAGGGCACACUAUACUGAAUGCUGUAUUUUCUAAAAAACAAAAAAUAAAGUAUUUUUAAAACAA